CCAUCUUGUCUGGUGCAGAAUCUCACUGUCAAGUACGAUCGCAUAGCCAUAUUUUGUACCAUCUCGUUAGCAUCUAUUCGAUCAUCUGUCAUCAAAUACCCACUCAGUUAUCUACCUCUUUUCAUCCCUCAAAAUGCAGCUGAUCACUCUGACAGCUUGCCUGAUGCUUUUAGUGAGCCCUUUGUUUGCUCAAAGUUGUAACAACGGCCGGGGGUUUUGCAAAGGCGGACGAUGCGAGCCUAAUAACGACCCGAGCGGCGCUGGCCCAUUUGUCGGUAACUUCAAGGAAUGUCAGACCGAAAACGGACGAUCUCAAGUCGACGACUUCAUCUUGGGAGGUGGUAACCAGGAUGCUCAAGUCAACGCUGGCGCUGCUUGUAACAACGGCAGAGGAACUUGCAGCGCUCGCGGUGCUUGCGAACCUAACAAUGACCCCAGUGGCGCUGGACCAUUUGUGGGAACUUUUGAGGAGUGCUUCAAUUAGAGACGGCGACUUCCACAUUCAAUACAGCCAAUCUUUCACGUUUAUUUGCGGGUAUGGUCCCUGCCGAGUCAACCACAGGCCAAGUGAGACAGACGCGAUGUUGUGUUGUUAGUCUUCAUGGUGGGCGGCGGAGUUUAUGUAUCCUAUCUUAAGUCCGGCUCUAAUUUAGGGCAAAGAGCCUUACCAGGACCAGUCGUCCAAAGCAAUGCCCCCAUCAAAUCUACC